AUGACGCCGCAGGGUAAGGCCGCCGUUAUUAGCCAGCUCCAGAAGCAGGGCAAGUUCGCGCUCAUGUGCGGCGAUGGGGGUAACGACGUGGGCGCGCUCAAGCAGGCCGACGUGGGCCUCGCUCUGCUCGCCGGCUACGGCAACACGAACACCACGGAGUCUCCGGACGAGCCGAAGGGCGGCGAGGCCGUCGCGGAGGUCGGCGGCGAGAAGAAGGACGCGCAGACCGUGCUGAGCCAGCGUGCGAAGACGCUGGAGAAGCGGACAAAGGAGGCCGUAAAGGCCAGGAAAGCCUUCACCUGGGAGAAGCAGAAGGAGCUGCAGGCGAAACAGAAAGAGUGGCCGCGGGCCUGGCCCGACAUAGAGGAUCGAGGGCAGAGGAUCGAG